CCCGUAUAGCGAUUGAUCGAAAACGGACUGUGAAGCUUACAUCACGCCAAGACCCGCAAAUCGAAACAUAACGACUUGACCUUGAUAUUCCGGCUGUGCGAUGAGCGGGCCGCCAAACUUUCCAUUUCCAGGAUUCCGUCCUGGAAUGCCAGGGGGUAUGGGCUAUCCUGGAGCGCCGCCAGGAUUUGGUGGGAUGCAACCAGGAAUGGGCAUGCGGCCUCCUAUGAUGAUGCCUCCGGGUGGUAUGGGGAUGGGCGGUAUGCCUAUGGGAAUGGGCAUGGGUGGAAUGCGUCCUCCGAUGGCCAGCCCUUUGAUGGGACCUCCUCGCCCUAUGGGUGGAGCUAGCGCUCUUGCGAAAUCUGUGUACGUCCCCCCUUCCAUCGCUGAAAAGAGCACGACGGUAUACGUGGGGAAGAUCGCAUCUUCUGUUCCUGACCCGGUGGUCAAGACCCUGCUGGACGCGUGUGGUCGCGUCAAGUCCUGGAAGCGGCAGGUGGACCCCGACACAAAGCAGCCCAAGGGAUUCGGCUUUUGCGAGUUUGAGGACGCAGAGGGGGUUCUGCGCGCGAUGCGCCUGCUAAACGGUCUCAAGCUGGAUGGCCAAGAGCUGCUGUUGAAGUGCAACGCAGCAACGCAGAAGUACACGGAGCAGUAUGAGCAGCAGAAGGCCGCGGAAAAGGCGGAGAAGAAAGCAGCUAAAGAAGCAGCAGCAAAAGCAGGCGACAGCAGCGGCGAUGUGGCUGGAGACGCCAAGGAGGGUGAAGGGGACAAGGAGCAGGGGGAGGCGGAGGAGGACGAGGACGCUGCUGCGGACAACCGUGUGCUAGAGGCCAUCAUGUCUGUGGUUUCGGAGCGCGAGGAGAAGUCCCAUGGGUCGUUACCACCGCCGCCGCCUCUGCCCGCUGGUGGCCUGCCUGGGGCCGCCCAAGCAGCCAGCGAGUUCCUGGCCCAGCUUGCAUCCCCUGGCAGCAGCGACAAGCAGGGGGACGCUAAGGAGCGAGAGCGGGAGAUGCGGGACCGCGAGCGUGAGUGGGCUCGGGAGGCAGAUGCGGAGCGGCGGAAGGAGGAGGAGCGGCGGCGUGAGUUGGACGUCAAGUACGACAGCAAACUGCGGGAGUGGGAGCGGUACGAGAGGGAUCGAGCUGCGGCACGGGAACGUGACCGGGAGCGCCGGGCGCAGGCGGAGUCUGACUGGCGACGUGCCGUACGGGCAGACCUGGAUUCGUACGACAGCGAUGAUGACAGGGAGCCAUGGGAGCGGCGGCCGCUGCAUGGCAGCCGCAAGUCAGCUGAGCGCCGCAAGCGGCGACUGGCUGAGGAGGAGGAGGACGAGAUCGACCGCCAACGUGAGGCGCGGGAGGCGGAGCGCCGUGCCAAGCGGGCAGCAGCAGCCGCGGCGGCGGCAGGCGAGGCCAGCAUGCACGAGGGCACCCCCGGACCCGCUGGCAGCACGGUGGGUGAGGCAUACCCCACACCGCAUGCAAGCCAGCUUCAGAACGGGCCGGCCUCUGCGGUGGAACCCAAGCAGGAGGUGAAGCAGGAGCCGGAGGUGGACACCAACGACCCCAUCUACCAGGCCAUGCUAGCAGCAGCCCGGGCACCGCCACCGGUGCCCAUGCCGGCGCCGCAGCAGCCUUUCGGCCAUGGCGCUCCGGGAGUGAAGGUGGAGGAUGAGCCGCAGCAACGGCCGCAGGGACCCGGGCAUGCCGCGGAUUAUGCAGAUCAUGCGGUGGAUCAGGGGCACGCGCGCGGAGGCUAUGGUGCAGGGUCUCCGUCGCACACGGGAGGCGCCGGAGGAGCAGUGUCAGGGACCAGUGGAGGGUCAGCAGGGCCAGCAGCAGCUGCGGCGGGGGCUGGUGGGAGAGGUAUCUUUGGCGGGGGGUCACGCAUGCGGAAUACCGCGGCGUUGGCUGCCAUGUUUGCAGAUGAGGAGGAGACAACGCAGAAGCGGCAAUUGAAGCCAAUCCGCUACAGCGAGGAGGAAUUGCUCUCAGUCACGGACUCGCAACCCGCGGACGGAUCCCAACCGCUACCUGCCGUACCACAGCUGCCCGUUGCAGCAGCAGCUGCUGCUGCUGUCGUACCGGCGGUGCCCCAGCCGCCCGCUGACCCCAAGGCCGCGCUGAAGGCCAUGAUGGACUCCAUACCCACCAGCCGGGAUGGGGUGUUCUCCUAUAGCAUCAAAUGGUCGCACUACAACGCUGGUGCCAUGGGGGAGAAGUUCAAGGGCUGGGUGUCCUCCAAGGUGGAGCAGCUGCUGGGUGUGAAGGAGCCCACGCUGGUGGACUACGUGGUGAAGCUGCUGGGGCAGCACACCUCGCCCGCCGCCCUGCACGGGGAGCUCAGCCCCGUGCUAGACAACGACACGGAGACCUUUGUCAUCAAGCUCUACCGCAUGGUCAUCUACGAGACGGAGAAGGCGGCGCUGGGACUGGGCCAGCCGGCGCCGCAUUAGGGGCGCCACACUGCCUUGGAAGGGUGGAGGUUGUGGAUGUGGAGGUGUAGCACAGAUUUGGCCAGGAUACUGUGGGAAGGCAUGCACUCGCACGCUCGUGGCGUGGUCCGUUACCGACGCUGAUUGUUUUUGGAGAUGCUUUGCGCCAAGCAUUAUACCGUACUGUUGUAGGACCGGCUAUCGUUGGUUAGUCCCUACUGUUGUUGGACAAAGUGGGAAACUCCACACAACUGCGCUGUGCGAGCCCCUGUGGGAAGGCUCUGUCGGUGACACGUUUGUGCGUGUCCAGGAAGAAACGUGGUGCAUGAUUGGGGUUCCUCCGACGACGACCGAGCUCGUCCCGGGGCCGCAUAGUUUUCCAAACUCAUUGAAGCCUUAAGGUAAACUCGUCCAGUUUUCGACCUCUCCUUCUUGCGGACUUUUUAACUUGUGAA